UCCACCUUAUUAAAACAGUCUACAAAGACUAAAGAUUCUCCACAUAGCAUUCUGGCAAAUGAUGAAGAGACUAUACACUACCCGGAUAGCAUUCUGGAAAUUAAUAAAAACAUAGGAAAAAAUGAUGUGAACAGCCCCAAGCUCCUUGAAGGAGACAUCAUCAUUACACGUCCAGCUGCCAGUCCAUACAGCGCUAAAAAGUUUUUGUGGCCGAAAUAUGAGGAGGAAGUGAGGAUUCCAUAUAAUAUAUCUAAAGACUAUGGAGAAUAUCAUCAAUUCGUCAUAUUUCAAGCAUUCAAAGAAUUGGAAGCCAAAACAUGUAUACGCUUUAUUGAACGUACAAAACAGAGAGACCACGUCUACAUCUUUCCGGGAGAAGGCUGUUAUUCCCACGUUGGAUGUGUUGGGAAGAUGCAAGCACUCUCGCUGGGAUUUCCAUGUAUACGAAAGGGAAAAGGAGUUGUAUUACACGAAUUGUUGCACAUGAUUGGCUUCUGGCAUGAGCACUCGCGGAAAGACCGGGAACAAUUUGUGGAAAUCGUUUGGUCUGCCAUAGACGAAAAAUAUCUGCGGAACUUCUGUUUGUAUGAUACAACAAACAUGAUAGUAAAGUAUGACUAUGGUUCCCUCCUGCAAUACUCCAACGUUGCAUUUUCAAAGUCCGGUGCUCAGACCAUCAAGCCAAAAGACCCCAGUGCAACAAUCGGCCAAAGAACAAAACUAAGUGCUUCAGAUAUUCAGAGAGUAAACAAAUUGUACCAAUGCCCUCAGUACGUCCCAUCACCAGAUGACAAUGACAUUGUAGUUGUUCCUGACACACUCUCCGGUGAUGCUACUUGUCCUGAACCAGGUAUGACAGGCCUGCUUGACAAGCCAUUGGUUAACAUCUUGUCCUUGAAUCAAGAACAAGAUCCAGUUUCUCCUCCGCAAUCUGAAGAAUCCAAAACUGGCCAAGAUACCCUCCAUUCUUCUGGCCCAGAGUCUGCUGCAGAUGUGAACUCUUUACUAAAAACUGAAGUUAACGGGUUUGUGCAUUCUGUCACGAAGGAACUUCCCCAUGUAACUACAGACUUGACAAUACCUAAUGGGAAUGCUACAGUAGAGUCUGUUCAAGGAACAAUUGCUCCAGAAUCCAUGCACUACCCUUCUACAGUUUCAAUUGCACACAGGUCCACUGAGCAACCCCCAACAGAGCCUCCUAAAAGAACAGCAGCUCGUGAAUCCAUACAUGAAGACAACCCUACAGUUGUAAACACACACAAGAACACUGAACACUUACCAAGUGACCACAGUCCAGCAGUCACUACUAUUUCUGCUGUAGGUUCUUCUGUCACCAAUUCAGAAUUAAUUUUCAGAGGUACCACCCAGUCGGCUCCAGAACUCGUAUUCAAUUUCACUGCAACUCCUCAAGCCAGCAUUAAUCCCGAAGAAAAAGGGACAGAACACUCUACAAAAGAAGCAAUUCCUAAAAUCCAUUCAUGUCACCGUACAAUGACAGCUUCUGCCAUUAGCGAAGGCUCCUCCACUGAGGCAAUGUUGCCAACGUCCAUCUACAUGCCAAAAAGAACUACAUCUACUGUUGAUAUAAUGGAAGGCCACACCAUUUUGCAAACUUCAGCAAACUAUCAAAGUAGUGCAAAGCAAGAGCAGACUACAACUGAAGAUACAUGGAUUUCCUCAGGAUCUGGUGACACUGUAAAUGCAUAUGGAGAAGACUAUGAACUUGUGAAGGGAAAUCUCCCAAAAGUUGUUAGGAAAAGGUCUUUAGCUUGGAAGACACUGGGUUCAUGGUCGGAGCACCAUCCAAGGCCGAUAUAUGGUUAUAAAUUAACACAUUCAUACGAAAUAAGAAACAGUUCAUUGAUCAUUGAACCUUCUUGUGGGUUUGCACAUGGACUUUGUGGAUGGAAACAAAGUAGUGAAGAUGACUUAGACUGGAGACUUGGUUGGAGGAAUCUGAAUGCUAAUGUUGGCCCCUCUGGACCUGAAGGCUUCCAUCUCUCACUAAAGCACAGUGCAGGAAAGAGGGUCUACGGUCAAAAGGCUUCACUUCUCAGGCCUGUAGGUCAGCUGUCUAAUUGUAUCUCCUUUUGGUAUGGUUCACGACAUAGUGUUAAAGGUACUCUGAAUGUCUAUAUAGCAUCUUCUGGUGGGGAGAAGACACUCUUGUGGUCAUCUGAUGGUCAAGAUCAUGCAAAGUGGACUAAAGCCCAAAUAAUGCUACCACCACCUCUUCUGCACAACCAUGCCCAAGUGGUUUUGGAAGGAGUUCUGGGGCCGUCAUACAAAAGUAACAUUGCUAUCGAUGAUCUCUAUGUUGGGCAGUGCAGUUGAUGUAAAGUUGCAUUCAGUUAAUAAACCUUUUAACAAGGG